UAUGUCUUUUCCAAUAGAGAAAGAAUGUACAAGUCAGAAAUCUUGUUCAAUACUUGAAGAGUGUGUAGAUGGAAAAUGCAAAUGUACUCUGGAAAACGCACAAAACGUUUGCCAAGACAGUGGAAAGUUAAUAUUUCUGGAAAAUAAACAAGCAAAACUUAUAGGAACACCUUGGAAAACAGUUACAUCAAUUGGAAAAUGUUACGACGAAUGCUUAAAGUCUGACAUUAACGAAUGUGUUGGCGUUCAUGUCCUAGAGGAUAAUAAUACUAUCCAAUGCGCAAUAUACAAUACAGUAAUUUUUCCGCUUUUACCUAAAAACACCUCUCUACUCAUCCUAAGAAAAGAUAAGAAGCUGGGAGUAUGCGGUCAAAAUUCCAGUAUUAUUCCACCAACACCGGAAUGUUAUUCCCUCUUAUGGAAUCAAAAUGGUUGCAAUUCUAAGCCAUUUCAGCCUACCCCUAAUCAAAGUUCAAUGUCUAUUGAUGAAUUUGAAAAAUUCGCAAAGACAUCAUUUAACCUCGCAGCCGCCAAAUUUGACAAAAAUUCAGAUAACGAAUAUUAUAGGCUGAUCUGUUACGACAAAACAGUUCACGAUUACAUUAACAUUGCUUUCCGUAGAAAAAUUUCCUAUUCUGGACAAUUCGAAAGUUAUCUAUAUCAUCCAACUCACGCAAUAGACGGUUUCACAAACAGCGACAUUACGCUAGGAGGUUGUGUAAUAUUAAAACCUACUAACACGAUAAAAUCCAAACUGGAGAUUGAGCUCUCCGGAUAUCAUCUUGUUAAGAAACUCAUCAUUUGGCCAACAAAUCAAAAAGCCAAUCAACUACUUGCAAUCUACAUUCCGGAUUCAUAUAAUGUUUGCGCGGACGAUAUUCAAAUGAAAAAUGACACUGAAACGAUAAUAUAUUGUCGCAAUUUAAAGUUAAGAAGAUAUUCCAAGGUAGUCAUUCAACAAAAGUUACAAACUGAUUUGCAGCUUUGCGAAAUAGAAAUCUAUUCAGAAAAUAUUGCUCAUAAGAAGCCAGUCUAUUCGUCGUAUGCCGACUACAGUAUACAAUCUUUCGUAGAUGGAGGGCAAACUUAUUAUAAUGCCUUAAGAAUAGGAGAUGGCUAUUCCAUGGCCAUAAACCUCCUUGGUUAUUACAACGUUUAUGCUAUUGAUAUUAAACCCUCAUCUACUUCUCUUGACACUUUUAAAGAUUUUAUAAUGGAAUUAUCGGACAUAAAUCCUUUUUCCCCUAAUCAAUCAAUCACUUAUACAUUUUGUGCUGAAAAAGAUAGCACUAUUUUAACUUCAAACUUUUUCACUUCAUUUAUUUGCCCCAAAGGAGGAGUUAAAGGUCAAUUUGUCCACUUUUACAAAGAUGACAACCUUGUCAAUUCUUUCAACAUACUUGAAAUUGAAAUUGUUGGAAAGUUGUUGAAACGACUAAGUAACAAUGAAACCAACCUUUUAUCACACAAGCCAACUUGGUCAUCUUCCUAUUCGCAACUUUCGUCAUCAGCCUCCACUCUUACUGAUGCAAAUUAUGAAACAGUAUUUCGCUCAGCCAUGGAAGAUAAUCCAUGGGCAAGAAUUGAUUUACUUGGAAAAUAUAAAAUAUUCAAAAUGGCCAUUUUGAAUAUUGGAAACAAUUGGCAAUCCCGAUCACAAAACAUUCAAGGAGUCAUAUCUGAAAAGAAAGACUUUCCCAUCACCAACUGGUCUAAUCAUUCUCAAUUGUGUUUCAACAACAACAAACACUUUUUGAGCGGCGAAUAUAGAAUAUGGAAUUGCAAACAACCACUUCCGGUUGGACGUUAUGCAGUCUUCUUCGUUUCGGGACAAGGACAAUAUUUGAAUGUUUUCGAGGUGGAGGCGUAUGGAGAAGAGAUUGUUGAUAAACAUUUCUCUCUUUUACCAAUAAUUAAGGCUGAUAGAAAUUCACAAAGUGCCGGAUUUUCGGAUAUGAUUUCCGAAAAUCUUUAUCCUCUUAAGGCAAUCGAUCGUCUUUCGUCAAAUUUCAUUGGCGCCAAACCAUAUUUCUCUUGUACAGGAAGUUUCAAAGAAAAUACUGAAGGAAGAUUUACAGUUUAUCUCGAUAAUAAUUAUCUCAUUCAUCAAAUUGUUCUUCUCCUUCCACUCGUUCAAAGUAGCUUUUCUUUCUGCAUUUAA